UCGUAGAGAGACGAUACACGUGUCGAGUUUUGUACUUUUGGUGGUGGUUUGUUAUAUUGAUUUGCGUAUUUAUUUUUCCGAUGGGAGGAUGGAAACAUUAAUUACAUCUAAAAAUACGCAAGUAAGUAUAACGGGUGAACAGUGAUUGACUAGCAUGUUAUUGUUUCGCGAAUCAGGAAAGUAAUAUUUCUGUUAUACAGUAAUUCAUUAUCAUCGAUUUAAAAACUCAUUCACAGCAAUUGAUAAGACUGGAAUUUUUCUACGGACAAAGAAAUGCGACAGAUUAAAAUGAUUGCACCAUUGUUCUUGUGUCGCAUUCACAGUUCGUAAACCGAUUAAUAAUUAUCAUUAAAGCAUAUAUAUUAAUUGAGAACGCAUUGUGUUUAUAGCAAACAAAUUGAAAUCAUAUUUAACGCGACAAGUUUCGAAUACUUCGUUCGGCAUUGGACGUGAGGUUUAUUUUUGAGUGUUUUUAUCUCCGUAUCGUGUUGUUUUUGUUUUAAUUUACUAAUCAUCUCAUAUAAAAGUUAUUAAGUAUCACACCACAAACAGUGGUCAAUCAACUAGUGUAGCAAACCUUCAACGCUAUCCUGCACGUGACCAAAUCCGAAAUUCCGAUAACCCGAUAACUUAAUUACCUACUUAUCGGGUCAGCGGGCUUACCGCCAUUGCAGUAAAGUCCGCGGGUGCGGGCGUACCUUUCAACCAUGGAUGGAGUGACUGUCGAAGAUGGCCCAAAUGGUUCAAUUCCAGGACCUGAUAGUAAAGACACAGGUUCACCAGGAGUGGGCCAUGAGAGUCCUGAAAGGUCAUCAAAAGGUCCAGAGCCUCACAAAGGACUUGAAGGCCCGCCAGGUCCUGAAGGCGCACCAGGUUUUGAAGGCCCACCAGGUCCUGAAGGCCCACCAGGACCAGGUAGGCCAGGUUUUCCUGGCCCCCCGAUAGCUGUCCCAGGUCUAGACUUCAAAAACCCAGAUGGCCCGGAUUCUGGUAGGCCCAGUCGCCCUGACCCACCAGUAAUAGAUCUGGAUUGGGUGUUGGUUAACGAAUUGGGACAGUUCGGAAGGUUCCAGCUCUACAAUCUUCUACUUGUCUCCAUCCCUAUCAUCAUGUCUGCGUUCAUGAGCGAGUAUAUUUUUUCGGCCGCUGCUGUGCCACACAGAUGCGUGAUCCCAGAAUGCGGCGAGGUCCCUGGCGCCUUCCACGACUACCGUCCAAAUUGGAUUCUCAACGCAGUCCCAGCUGAUAGCAACGGAAACCCUCAGAGUUGCGAGCGCUACAUACCCUUAGGUGGAAGUGGCUCUCCACAGUCCUGCCCUGCUAAUAUCUUUAACCAGGGGGCUACUCAGGAGUGUGAUGGUUUUGUGUACGAUAGGACCAACUCUGUUGUGUAUGAUUUUGACUUAGGCUGCAACGAAUGGCUACGAGCACUGGCCGGUACACUCAGCAGCGUGGGCACCCUACUGGUCCUUCCCAUCACCGGCUUCGUGUCCGACAAAUAUGGCAGACGCGUGGCCCUCGUCAUCAGCGUGUUUAACCUGGCCCUGUUCGGUCUCAUCAGAGCCUUCUCUGUCAACUACCCCAUGUAUCUCGCAUUGCAACUGCUGCAGACUACUUUUGGCGCUGGCACAUUCAGUUCUUCUUAUAUCUUUGCUGCUGAACUGGUGGGCCCCAAAUAUCGAGUAAUAACAAGCGCAACUUGCUCCUCUAUGUUUGCUGUCGGGCAAGUCAUCCUCGGCAGCAUAGCGUGGCUGGUUCAGCCCUGGCGUUACAUGAUCAUGGUCCUCCACAUCCCCUGCUUCCUAAUUAUCGCAUAUUACUGGGUGCUGAGAGAAAGCGUCAGAUGGCUGCUCGCUAAAGAGAAGUUUGUGGAAGCUAAAGAGGUUCUAGAAAGGGUUUCAAAGGUGAACAGGAAGGAGAUUAGUGAGAAGUCUAUGCAGGCGUUGUUGACGCCCGCGCCAGUGGCCGUAAAUGAGACCGGCAAUACCGAUGGUCUCUUCAAGACGAUCUUCAAGUCCCGCAUCCUCCUUCGACGGGUCUUGACUACUCCCGUCUGGUGGAUCACCACCACCUUCGUUUACUACGGCCUGUCCAUCAACUCCACCGGCCUCGCAGGCAAUAUGUACCUCAACUACAUUCUCGUCUGUGCCAUCGAGAUUCCUGGCUACUACACUGCUGCGUUGGUGUUGAAUCGCGUUGGAAGGAAGGCUACGCUCAGUUGUGGUUUCUUCUUGGCCGCCGCUUGCAACAUUAUAUUCGCCUUCAUUGAUAACAAUGAACUAGCGACCUUCGGCCUGAUUCUCUUCCUGGUGGGAAAGUUCGGUAUCUCCGUGGUGUUCACGUCGCUGUAUCUGUUCACAUCGGAGCUGUAUCCUACGCAGUUCCGUCACACGCUGCUCGCGUUCUCGUCUAUGAUUGGUCGCAUUGGUUCGAUCACUGCACCACUUACGCCGGCUCUGAUGGUGUACUGGGAGGGCAUCCCAUCCUUGAUGUUUGGAACCUUGGGCGUGAUCGCGGGCCUGCUGGUGCUAACGCAGCCUGAGACCCUUGGCACAACUAUGCCCGACACCUUGGCGGAGGCAGAGGCUCUUGGACAGACGCCCAAGGUCAAGCAGACCAGCUGAUUCUCUCUACUAUAAGACUAUUAGCUUUAAUCUUAUAAUAAUAAUGUAUUUAUUACAAAUCAAUAAUUAUAUAAUAUUUUUCUUAA